UCCAGUUUCCAGCACUGCCAGCUGUACUAACUAUUCAUUUAAAAUCAUGUAGUUAGCUGCAGGAGCUGUUUAGCAACAAUCGUCCAUGCUAGUUUUAGCUCGCUAACAUUAGCUAGCUAAUGUGUUAGCAUCAACCGCUUGCUCCACAACACACAGCGGGUUAAACGUUAGAAGUAAUUAACUCAUCUACCAUUCCGCCUUAUAUGUGGGCUACCUUACAAAUCAACCACUGGUUUAUUUAGAAACAAGUAUAACGUCUUAUCUACGUCUUCCUAACUGGCCUAUUAGCGUCAUACUGUAACUUUACACCCUAACGUCAUAGUAGACUUAAGCUAAACGCCUAUAAUGGGAUGCCUCAUGCCAAACUUAAGUCAAAAUGCGGUGGAGAGUGGACGCUGAUGGGGGACGAAAAGGAGACCUGGAAAGUAAAAACUCUUGACGAAAUCCUACUAGAGAAAAAACGCAGAAGAGAAUUAGAAGAGAGAACAGAUCCCAAGCGUCAGAAAAAUUUCACACAGGGCCUUGUUCCACAGGCGGAUGAUCGGGAAGCCAAACGAGACACUCCGGAGGAAGGAGAACUACGGGAUCAAAGGAUGGAAAUAACAAUUCGUAAUUCCCCGUACACGCGGGAUGACUCAACAGAGGACAGGGGAGAGGAAGAUGACUCACUUGCAAUCAAGCCUCCACAGCAAAUAGCAAGAAAAGACAAAUCUCACCAUAGAAAGGAGGAGAAGAGAAAAGAUAAAAGACGUCAUCGCAGUCACUCUGCUGAAGAAGAUCUGCUUCCACUCAUGGUUUUUAAUUCCACAGCAGUGAAACAUGCACGACCCAAAGACAAAGAAAAAGAGCGAGAGAGCGAUCGUAGGAAGCGUCAGUGGGAAGAAGACAAAGCCCGGCGAGACUGGGAGAGGCAGAAACGAAGGGAACAAGCUAGAGCUCAUUCACGUAGAGAGAGACCUCGAUUGGAUUCUCCUGGGUUUUUUUUGGACCACAGGGAUCGGCUGGAACAGCUGGAACGCCAGCGUGAACGGGACCGAAAGCUGCGCGAACAGCAGAAAGAGCAACGGGAGCUGAAGGAUCGGGAGAGGAGGGCUGAGGAGCGACGCAAAGAGCGAGGUGCUCGACGAGAUGUGCCAUCUCACCAUCGGAUGCUACCUGAUGAGUAUGAUGACAAACCAAAGCAAAGUCACCAUAGCCGAAGUCCCACCCGUGUUCCCCGGGACAGAUCCGAACACAGUGAACCACGGAAAAGUACAACUUUGAAGGAGGAGAAGCCAGAGGGCAAAGACCUGCUCGCAGACCUCCAGGACAUCAGUGACAGCGAAAGGAAGACCAGCACAGCAGAAUCCUCCAUGGCAUCAGGAUCGGGCUCUGAGGAAGAGGAGGAGGAAGACGAUGAGGAGGAGGAGUCCAGCAGCCAGAGUGAGGGUGAAGAAGAGGAAGAGGAGGAGGAGGAGUCUGUUUCAGGCUCAGGAAGGUCUGAGCAGAGUGCAGAGGAUGUGAGUGAGGACGACCAGUCAGUGGAAGACUUUGAAGACGAGAGGGAAAAUGGAAAUCACAUACCUACAGUGCCAGAGUCCCGCUUCGAUCACGACACCGAGGAGAGCGGCGAGGACAUGGAGGAAGAGGAGGAGGACGACGACGACGACGAAGCAGGAGAGGGUGACCCCACGCCUCACUCUCAAACUCAUUCUCGCUCCCCCACCCCCGAAGAGAACUAUAUCCCAGACUCCCCCCCAAUUUCACCUGUGGAGCUGAAGAAGGAGCUGCCCAAAUAUCUGCCGGCUUUACAGGGUUGUCGCAGUGUUGAGGAAUUCCAGUGCUUGAACCGAAUAGAGGAGGGAACCUACGGUGUGGUGUACAGAGCCAAGGACAAAAAGACGGAUGAAAUUGUGGCCUUGAAAAGGUUGAAGAUGGAGAAGGAGAAGGAGGGCUUCCCCAUCACCUCCUUAAGAGAAAUCAAUACAAUUCUGAAAGCUCAGCACCCAAACAUCGUCACAGUAAGGGAAAUAGUUGUUGGAAGCAAUAUGGACAAGAUCUACAUCGUGAUGAACUAUGUAGAACAUGACCUGAAGAGUCUGAUGGAAACCAUGAAACAACCCUUUCUGCCAGGUGAAGUAAAGACUCUGAUGAUUCAGCUUCUUCGAGGUGUCCGACAUCUCCACGACAACUGGAUUCUCCAUCGUGAUCUGAAGACGUCCAAUCUGCUGCUGAGCCACAAGGGUAUCCUCAAGAUUGGUGACUUUGGUUUGGCCCGGGAGUACGGUUCCCCCCUGAAGCCCUACACCCCUGUAGUGGUGACCCUGUGGUACCGAUCACCAGAGCUGCUGCUCGGAGCCAAGGAGUACUCCACAGCUGUGGACAUGUGGUCGGUGGGCUGCAUAUUUGGCGAGCUUCUCACCCAGAAACCUCUUUUCCCUGGAAAAUCUGAAAUUGACCAAAUUAACAAGAUUUUCAAGGAUCUGGGGUCACCCAGCGAGAAGAUCUGGCCUGGCUACAAUGAGCUGCCCGCUGUGAAGAAGAUGACUUUCACAGAGUAUCCCUACAACAACCUGCGAAAGCGCUUUGGAGCACUGCUCUCAGACCAAGGCUUUGACCUCAUGAACAAAUUCCUCACCUACUGCCCCAGUAAGAGGAUCUUAUCGGACGAAGGGCUAAAGCACGAGUAUUUCCGCGAGACACCGUUGCCCAUUGACCCAUCCAUGUUUCCCACCUGGCCGGCCAAGAGUGAGCAACAGAGGGUGAAGAGAGGCACCAGUCCUCGUCCACCCGAGGGAGGCCUGGGCUACAGUCACCUGGGCGAUGACGACCUAAAAGACACAGGUUUCCACCUGACAACCAGCAACCAGGGAGCGUCUGCAGUCGGUCCAGGAUUUAGCCUCAAAUUCUGAGCCCUAAACUGCAGGACAUCUGGCUCUCUAACUGAGAAAGAGGAAGCAAAGAGUUCUGGGAUGUUUUUGGUUGUUCUUUUGCAACUGGACAAUGUCAAUGGUUUACAACUGUAAACCAGAUCAAUAUCUGAUAAAAUUACAACUUAUACCAAAUAGUCAGGACUGUCUCACAGCAAGACUGGUGGCUCAAACAUGUUGAAUUUCCAGAAUUUUCCGUCGACUUUUUGGCUUCUCUGUGUUUUCAAAGCCAUUUCACCGUUUCAAAUGUGGCCAUUUUAGCUCUUAAAGAGGAGAAACAACUAUACAUCUGUUAGAAGUUUAGCCCUCAUGUUUGACUUUUGUUUUAUUUUCCCUUGUAUACUUGAUGAGAGAGGACCAGAUUUUAUAAAUGGUUGGUAUUUCCUGGCUGCCUGAGCUACUGUAUAAUGAUGCAGCAUUGGCUGUGUUUUCCAUCCAGCAUUAUGUUAGAAAUUUACUUAGGACUGUCGGGUCACUUGAUGACAGGGGGACAGUGUUUUUGCUAGAAAUAAAGUUUGAAACUUUG